AUGAAACAUACAUACAUCCUAGUCAUCGUAUUGCUUGCAUCUAUCCCAAUAAUAGCAUUUGCAAUAAACCCGCAACCAUCAAUAAAACCGCAACCAUCAUUAAUUAGAAUACAAUUGAUUCGACGUAAUGUCUCUUCCACUCCACAAAUUGUUAAGAAUUCAAUUAAAAGAAAUGCCAUUAUGAUGAUAAAUUUGCAUAAGCCGGUGCAUAAAAGAGCAUCAUUAGUCAGUACGUCAAAGAUUAGUUCAACUUCCACAAAAAUUACUACUUCCGCAAAAACUAGUUCUUCAACAAAAAAAAGUUCUUCGGGCGUGUCAACUUCCACGAAAAGCAGUUCUACAAUAAAAUCCACAAAAACUAGUUCAACGAGUGCGUCAACUUCCACGAAAACUAGUUCUACAAGCACUACUUCGAGUUCCUCGGGACAAAUUCAAGCCAUUGGUGUCAUUGGUAUAGCGAAUGAUGUAGAGUGGGUGGCGCAGAUUUCAUUAGGGUCAACACAACAGCCGUUCCUCAUUGACAUUGACACUGGCUCAGCAGAUCUUUGGGUUCCUUCUGUAAAUUGUGUCGACUGCGGCAAUCACAGGAUGUUCAACCCCCAAGGAAGCAGUACAUAUGUCGCACUCGAUAUACCAUUUCAAAUUCAAUAUGCUGAUGGGGGUGGCAGUCAAGGACUUGUUGAACAAGAUACCCUUCAAGUUGGAUAUAUGAGCGUAAAGAACCAAAGAUUCGCCAUGAUCACCUCUAUGAGCUAUCAAUUUGUAGUGGAUGUCGUUGAUGGGGUGAUGGGAUUAGGCUAUGAUUCGCUGUCGAUGAUUUCCGGUACAGCUACACCUCUCACCAACAUGGUGAAUCAAGGAUUGAUACCACAUGCAAUCUUCUCGCUCCAACUCCGCCCUGCUCGCAUCCAAUCAUCCUAUGGAGGUGAAUACGUAUUUGGUGGAGUAGACAGUACCCUUUUCACAGGACCAAUAACAUAUACAAGUGUAACGAGGCAAUUGUACUGGCAAAUUGCAAUUGACAGUGUCGAGUUAAAUGGUCUGAUCGUAGGCGGAAGUAAGCAACAAGUGAUAGUGGAUUCAGGUUCUGCUUUAAUGAUUCUCGGGACGAGUGUAGUAAACACUAUCAUUAAAAAAGUUGGAGGGAUGUACGAUAGUGUUACCGGCACUUGGCAGGUUCCGUGUAAUUUGGCUAAUCAAACGAAUCCUCCGAAAAUUGCCAUUAGAAUUAAUAAAGUCGCGUGGAUUAUCAAUACCUUAGAUAUUGUAAGAGAAGCAAGUUCUAAUAACUUCUGUUAUUCAGGAUUAGUAUCAACUGAUCAAAGCGUAUGGAUACUUGGAGGGGUGUUUCUAAAAAACGUCUAUGCAGUUUUUGACCGUGAACAAAAUAGAGUUGGAUUUGCUAAGCCCGUUUAUAC